AUGAGUGCGACAACAGGGAGCGUUCCUACCGGUGGCGAGUCUCAAAUGUCUGGGCAGCUGCAGCCCUCCAGAGACGCGAGCGACACAGAGACUCACUUUGACCCAUAUUCUGUCAUUGAUCUCGGUAACGUUGCUCUCCUUCAGACGCAGCCCUCGCCCUCGAGUGUUCCUAUGAUUGGAGCAAGUCCGGUGACCCCUCCCUUCCUCGCUCAGCACGUAUCCGGGGGUUCAGCAACAACGCGUAACACCUCCGACACUGUCAAUAACGUGGAAACCGCGAAGGAGACCGGGACACUCGGGUCGUCUGGGGCUACACUCAGUGUUGCCCAUGUCAUGGAGUCCACACCGCCGGCAAGUGGUCGACUUCGGAGGUCCUGGGAAAAGACUUGGAAGUGGUGUCAAAGGCACUGGCUUGCUAUAUGCCUCAUCUCUGUCGUACUGUGCCUGGUCAUCAGCAUACUGCGUUUGAAGCCUUUCCAGGAUGCCGUGGCGACUACAAAUGACAUGGUAACUCUAGAUGCAACCCUCAUUGCUAUAUCCUCGGAUGCACAAAGUAUGACGGUCGACUGGUACAUUGAUAUAGUGGAUGCUGCUUGUUCGCAGUACCCCAACACUACUAUCAGUCUUUACUUUGACGAAAACCUGCUCCGCUCUUCCUCGUCGUCUAAUCCGUCUCCACCUGACAACAACCGUCCGUCGACACCGGUGUUCGUGUUGAACACCACAGAGACAUGCUCUGACGACAACUUUUCCAACUCCCAGUACUUCCGAACCGAAAUCGCUCUUCUCUCCGUCCCUGGCCGGACGGCGCAGUCGUAUCCUUUCGAGAAAUACAACGCAUCGAUAUUCAUGUUCGCCAGUCUACCGGACAACGUCACCUUCCCUCAAGUCGGUAUCGCCAACACUUACGGAAUUGCCGUCGGGUUCAAUGCGGAGCUCGACUCGUCUAGCAGCUAUGCUGGCGACGGCUCGCUAUACACAAACUUAGUCAUCACUCGCGGACCAGCCAUCCGCGUCUACGCCAUAGCAAUAGUCAUCGCCAUCUGGCUGGUAACGCUGACGUUCCUCUCGACCUGCAUUGCCGUCGUGUUCCUGCACAGACCCAUGUCCUCCACUGUCCUCGUGCUGCCCGUGGCCACCCUAUUCGCGUUCACGCAGCUGCGGUCGACCCUGCCAGGGGCACCCCCAGGGUUCGGCGCUGACAUUGAUUUCGUCGGCAUACUACCUUGCCUCGCCAUAAUCACCUUCUGCGCUGUGCUGAUGACCGGCGUGUUCCUAUUCGGAAAUCCGGAGAAUUACGCACAGGAGGCCCAGCAGCCACAAGAUAAGGAAAAACAGGAUUAG